AUGGAUAGAUACUUAUGGAGACUUGGAAGAGAUGUAUGGAGAUCUGUAGAAGAAGGGCCACAUGUCCCUGUUCUGACACCGGUUCAAACCGAUGGCACCACAACUAGACUAGGAGGAGCUGAGUCAGAGUAUGAUGAUGAAGAAGAAUUCCAGAAUGCAAUUACUAUUGUUAGCCAACAGUUCAACCGGCUACCACCCUCUUCUUUUCGUAAAAAUCAUCAGUUCAACAAACCUCCCUUCAACUGCAACUUUAAUCCUGAAAACAAUCAUUCCCGUUUCUCCAAAAACACUCACCCACCAUCGCAACCUCAGAACACUCAACCCAAAGAGGCACCGAAGCCCACCAAUUCAACUGACUCCGCAUCUGAACGAGCCCUCGCCAGUUAUCUCUACUCCACCAUCAAGCUCUUGCUCCGCCUAUGGAGAAACAACGGUUUUUACAACCGCGAUGGCGGAGAAGUUGUAUUCGUGUCUGACAAGACUGGUGGCAGCGGUAGCUAUCCUCCAACCCAUCUCUCCUCUCCGCCACCGUCGCUGACCUACGCGCUGCCUGUAAGAGUUCAAGAGGUUUCGAUGAUUUGCUUCCUGGCUUUGGAAGCAGCGGUUCUCCAUCUAGUAGCAGUAGCUUCAACAGCUUCUGCUCUUGAGGAAACUAGAGGAAAAGUAGCAGCUCUGCUGAAGCAACAAGGUGCUUUUGCCAAGGGUCAGACAAAAACGGCUCCUGUAGAGGAGGAAGUUCCACAUUUGCUUGGAGAAAAUGGAAAAAUUGAGGUAUGGCGUAUUGAUGGUGAAGAAAAGACGGAAUUACCCAAGGAGGAUAUUGGAAAAUUUUACAGUGGAGAUUGCUAUAUUUGUCUUUACUCCUACCAUUCUGAUGAAAAGAAAGAAGAUCACUACCUGUGCUGUUGGAUUGGGAAGGAUAGCAUCCAGGGUCGAAUGCAUCAAGGAAAAGAAGCACCACAAUUUGUUGCUAUCUUUCAUCCUAUGGUUGUUCUCAAGGGUGGAUUGAGCUCUGGUUAUAAAAACUACAUUGUAGAGAAAGGACUGCAUGAUGAGACCUACAGUCCAGAUACUGCUGCACUGAUUGAAAUAUUAGGAACUUCAGUUCAUAAUAAUAAAGCUCAACAAGUAGAGAGGUCUGGAGUACCUGUAAAAUUCUCUAGAGAAGUAAAAGAGAGCUUAGCUUUCUGGCUUGCACUUGGUGGAAAACAAAGCUACUCAAGUAGAAAAGUAACACAGGAAAUCAUCUGUGAACCUCACUUGUUUGAAGUAAUAAGCAAUAAAGAGGAUAUCUUGAUAUUAGAUACACAUGCUGAGGUCAUCGUUUGGGUUGGUCAUUUAGCACAGUCAACGGAAAAACAAAACACUUUUGAAACUGGCAAGAAAUAUGUAGAGCUGGCUGCAUCUAUGGAUUCCUUGUCCCCAUCUGUCAUAUUAUACAGAGUAACAGAGGGAAACGAACCUUGCUUCUUCACAACAUAUUUCUCAUGGGAUCCUGCAAAAACAACUGCUCACGGAAAUGCAUUCCACAAGAAGGCUGUGCAACUCUUCGGCUUAGGCUGUGUAGCAGAGCCCCCGGGAAAUAAACUUAGUGGGGCCACCCAAAGAGCAUCAGCCAUGGCAGCUUUAACCUCUGCUUUUUCAAAAUCAACUACUGCUCCUAAAACUCCUCAACAUGGACCACCUCCAAGAAUGCUAGCUCUGAUCCUCACUGGUUCUCCAGAUUGUUCUAUUCUUGCAAUUGAUAUUGAAACAGGAUCUCCAGUUAGUUAUGGAUGGAUGUUCAUACAAUUAGGUAUUAUUUUCAAUAUUCAUACAGUUACUUAUGGAUGGAUGUUCCAGUUAACUAGAAUUGGUCGAGAUGCAGUUUUAUAUGUUGAGUCGCUCAUUGAGUCAAUCAUGGGAGGAUUGGAAGGGCUAAUCAACAUUCUUGAUUCUGAAGGAGCUUCUACCAGAAGUCACCUGAAACUACAAAUGGCUUUUGAUGGGCAGGAAAGAUAUAUGAAGAGAUCUUGGGAGCCAAGUAAUAAAGCUGAUCUUCACUUUGUCUACAAAGAUGUUGAAAGAGUAGCAACUCAAUGGGAUGAUAUUUAA